AUGCCAAUAAGAAGACCCAAUUUUCCUAAAAAGACUCAAUCUGUUAACAAAUCUGAAUCUGCAACCACAGAAAAGGAGGGGAAAGCACCCUUAAAGAGAAAAGCAAGUAAUGGUACUCCUCGUACAAGAGGGACCAUAAGAAGGGGAAGCAAAGAAGAUGUUAUUGAAUCGGAGUCUAACGAUAAAGAUAACGAAACUGCUCCUACCAAAGAGGAAGAAGCAAACACUGAGGGUGAAUCAGGUGGAGACGAAGUAAAAGAAGGGGAGAAGACGCAAAACGAUGAUGAACAACAGGAGGUUGAAGACGAAGAAAAAAUUACUGAAAAGAAUGGAAAAAGAGCUAACGACGAGAUGGAUGAAGAAGAUGAAAUUGAUGACUCUAAGAAAAAGGAAGAUUCAACUAAUGAAGAAACUGAUGGCAAACCAAAAGCUACGAAAAGAAAGAAAGCUUCUAACAAGAAAUCAACUGAGGCAGAAACUUUAUCGGAAUCUACAAAGAGUUACAAGAAUCUAAUCAAAGAUGCAAUUAGGGAUUUAAAUGAACGAAAGGGGUCGAGUCGAAUGGCUUUGAAGAAGCAUCUCAAAUCACAAAAUCCAAAUUUCGAAACAACCACCAAUUUCGAUCAUUUCUUUAAUUCCGCUCUUAAGAAAGGUGUGGAUGGCGGUGAGUUUAUUCAACCAAAGGGGCCUUCAGGGACAGUUAUGUUACCUAAACCUGCAGGAAAAGUAACUAAAAGUAAAACGCCAAAAAGCACUAACGAUUCUAAAAGUACCAAAGAGCAUAAAAGUAAAGUUACGAAACCUAAGUCUACAACCAAUAAAAAAACAUCAAUGAAUAAGAAAGUCGAAAAGCCAAAAACAAAGCCAAAACGUCCGACUUCUAAAGGAAGUAAUGGUGGUUCACAAUCCGACGCGCCUUCUUACAAGGAAAUGAUCAUGAAAAGCCUAUCAGACCUUAAUGAUGGGAAGGGAGCUAGUCGUAACACUUUAAAAAAAUUUGUCAAAGGGAACUUUGAUAGCAUCAAUCCAACAAGAUUUGAUUAUCUAUUUAAUUCAACUAUUAAGAAAUGUGUGGACAGUGGGGAAUUAUUGAUGCCAAAGGGUCCAUUGGGAACAGUAAAAUUUCCAAAGUCAAAAAAGACAGCCAAAAGUGGCUAA